AUGCUGUGGAAGGCAUCCUUCUUUAUCUGCUGGAUCGCGGGCCAGCUCCCUGUGCAGCGGACCAUCUCAUGCGUCCUCGGUGGCAAUCAGGGGGGAUUUACGGAGGCCAUCCCGGCAGGAAGGCAGAAACCAGCUCCACCAGAAGGAAAAAAAGGCUCCCGGAGCCAGGCCUGCGUAGUGGAGGUGUCACCCCACCCCACCCCCAUAAAGGAGACCAGCGAGGCGCCAGGAGCAGUGACCCCCACUGUCGGCGGCGCGAGGUGGAGCCGCCAAGCCCUCUGGGGGUGUACGCUGGUGUCUAAUACCGUCCUGAGUGCACUGGGCUGCUCCAAAGCGGGGCAGGCGGAGGCCCUGGCCCCGAGCAGACCAACAAACAAGGCUCCAUGGACUGUGAGGAAGCCUCCCCAGCCCAUCGGCCCAGAGUCCAGAGAAGAGCAUGACCUCUGGGGCCACCACAUCUGGACAUCCUGGAAGAGAUCUGUGCGUAUCAGUGGAUACCGUGCAGCUGGAGUGCGGAAGGUGUUGAGUGUACGCAGGGGGACCCGCCUGGGCAAACUGCCAGAAGCCCGAGUCUGA